ACUUUGCCCAACUUCAACGCAGCCACUACAAGCGACAAUGGCCGAUUUCUUCAACAUCAAGGCCCGGCAACAGGCCGCUGCGCAGGCGAGUUCAUCCAAAACUCCCACGACAAAGCAAGAGCCAAAUCGCCUGCAACCAUGGGUAGAGAAAUACCGGCCCAAGACGCUGUCCGAAGUCACAGCCCAGGAUAACACUAUUCAAGUCCUUUCCCGCACAAUGCAGUCCUCCAACCUCCCCCACAUGCUAUUCUACGGCCCCCCAGGAACAGGAAAAACCUCGACUAUCCUCGCUCUUGCCAAAGAACUCUACGGACCCGAACUCAUGAAGUCGCGCGUGCUGGAAUUGAACGCAUCCGAUGAGCGUGGUAUCAGUAUCGUACGACAAAAAGUCAAAGACUUUGCCCGCCAACAACUUAGCGUAGCACCAACAUACAACGUUAUGGUAGAAGACAAGAGCGGGACAGGAGAAGGAGGCAUGGUACGAUACCGAGACAAGUACCCAUGCCCACCCUUCAAAAUCAUCGUCCUCGACGAGGCAGACAGCAUGACGCAAGAUGCACAAUCCGCGCUCCGCCGCACGAUGGAAACAUACAGCCGCAUGACGCGCUUCUGCCUCGUCUGCAACUACGUCACCCGCAUCAUCGACCCCCUCGCCUCCCGCUGCUCCAAAUUCCGCUUCAAAAGUCUCGACCAGGGCAACGCCGUCAAGCGCGUUAGCGACAUCGCUGCUCUCGAGAAUGUGCGGCUGGACGACGGUGUAGCAGAGGAACUAGUGCGUGUAGCGGACGGCGAUUUACGGAAGGCAAUUACGUUCUUACAAUCUGCUGCGCGGCUUGUCGGCGCUCUACAAUCUCAAGGCGGCAGCAACAAAAAAGGAAAAAAACGUACGGCGGUCCCUGAGGAUGACGAGAUGGAUAUUGAUUCGAGCAACACAGCGACACCAUCUGUGUCCCUCCCCACAAUCGCUGAAAUCGCAGGCGUUUUACCCCCUGAUACCCUCUCUACUUUCACGUCUGCCCUCUUCCCCAAGUCUUCUGCACAAAAAUCGAUACGGUAUAAUGAAAUUGCUAAGGUAGUCGAGAAUAUGGUUGCAGAGGGGUGGAGUGCAGCGCAGACGGUGGGGCAGUUGUAUGAGCAGAUUAUGUUUGAUGAGCGAGUGGAGGAUGUGAAGAAGGUGCGGCUUGCGGCGGUUUUUAGUGAAACGGAUAAGAGACUUGUGGAUGGGAGUGAUGAGCAUCUUGCUGUCUUGGAUUUGGGUGUUAGGGUUGCUGGGGUGUUAUGUUUGUGAGAAGCGAUAUGAUGAUUACAUGGAAAGCAUAAAGUGUGGAAAUGAAGAAAACUUGAUUCAUAGUAAUCAUGGUGCAGAUGGAUAUCUCCGCUGGGGUAUUUAAUAUACACACACUUUGGAAAAAAAACCUCCUUCAAUCUUUCUCUCCCUCCGUUGCUUCUUGAAAACGCACAACCACCAGGGCUUCGCCUGCUACUCUUUCCACGUACACACACAAAAGUUACUAAAAAGAAGAAACAAGAAGACAAAAGACAUUAUACUGUAUUAGUCGCCUACCACUCACGCGUCAACACGCAAUAACGACGUCUGUCAUUUACUCAUCCUCUAAACAAACAAACAGAAUCCCAGCGCAACACUGACAUACGCCA